CUGGAGCGGGCGCAGCGCGGCGGGGCGGGCGCCAUGUUGCGGGGCUUGCGGCGGCGGUGGGACGGCUACAAGUACCGCUUCGUGCCCUGGCUGGCCCUCAACCUCCGCCGCAAGCGUCGGACCCUCCGAUAUGUUCCCAAAGGCUCCCAAGACAAAAUUAUCUCUGAUGAAGAUAUCUUUGAAACACUACUGAAACUGUUUAAAGCUCUGUUCAUAAAUGACUUUAGUAGACAAGCACAUAUUUUUGCCUUACUUCCAGAAAUCAAAUGUAAAUACUUGGAAUUGCUGACUCUUGAGCAGAAGCAAUCAAAAUUAAAUUCAUGUAACCAUCACAGCCAACAUGUGUUUAGUCCAGAAGAAAUUCUGUUUAAAACACUGGGGUUCACUACUACUCGAGACAGAAGCUCCCUGGUGUCUGCUGGGACUGGAGUCUUUGUUUCCAAAGGUUUUGUACCGAAAGGGACGCUUGUAUCUAUGUAUCCUGGUACAGUAUACAGAAAACAUGAGCCCAUCUUUUUCCAGUCCCUUGGCAAUCCCUUUAUUUUUAGGUGCAUAGAUGGUAUCCUUAUUGAUGGGAAUGAUAAAGGACUGUCAAGAUCAGUGUACAGGUCUUGCAGCAGGAGAGAUCAACUUGGCCCAUUUCAAAUGAGCGAUGAGAGCUGGCUCACAGCUGCCCUGCAAAACCCACUGGCAGUGGGACAAUAUGUCAACAACUGCUCACAUGAAAAAGCAGCCAACGUGUGUUAUCAGGAGUUUGAUGUGCCAGGAUAUUUUCCAGUAGAACUGAAGCAGUAUCUUCCAAACAUCGUCUACAGCCAUGACAUAGAGAGCCACCUAAGAUGUGUAGUGCUUGUCACUCUCAGAGACAUCAAGCAAGGAGAAGAACUUUUUUCUAAUUACUACACUGUUGUCAACUGAAUUAAUAGAUUUGAGACUGAAGAAAUCUAUGUCAUUAAAAUACUGUGUAUGUAACCUCAAGCUUCAUGAGUGUUUUUACAUAAUGGAGGGCUGUAGCUUUACUCUUUAGAAAGCUGCAGGCUGUUAUUUCCCUGAAAAUACUCCACACUUGAUGCAGAGGUGAAAUUUCAACUGCUCACAUCAUUAGGUUCUCAGCUGUUUACUGUUGUUGAUAAUAUUGCUUAUUGGUGCCCAUACAAUAAUAGCUCAUAAAAUAAAAACUUAAGUUCUGUUCGUGUCAUUUAA